CCUAUACUUAGUUUAUCCUUAUCAGUACAUCUCGUUGGGAGGGAGGGGAUUAUCCUAUUCCGUGAGAAGCAGAUGGGUAACCUAGUUAGUCCUGGUUGGCAAUUGUUUUAUCAAUAUCGAUUUCUUCUCAAUGGGAUGAAUUUGCAGGAUCUACAACAGGUUCCAAGGGCAUAAUCCUGCAGCAGCAUGAACUGCAGAAGAGAAUUUCCAGGCAUGGAGGCUGUUGGAAGAAUCAUGUCGACAAGGAACAAUUUUGAUCAGAAGAAAGUUAAAAUAGGAUAUGCUGAGGUCAAUCAGUUUCAGAUAAUUUGGUAAGAACCUCAAGAGAAACGUCCGCAGGGAUCCCAAAUGGCCAUGAGGUGACUUGCCUCUUCUCUCCUCGUCUUGUGUCAGUCGACUUGCAAGGUAGUUCUAUUUGUUGAAUAGAUGCUAGGUGGGAGAGCUGGUUUGUUACUCGAGUAGCUCUGGACAACAGGUUCCCUUGGUUCACUGAGUUCACGUGGCUCAUUGUACAAUGAACUGAUGAAGUGGCAUCAUCUAUUGGAGACGACCGAUUGUACAUGCAAACAGAGAAUCUGGAGUCCCCCAACAAUGCUUCAAAGAUUCUAUAGAAAAGCUUGCAAGUCAUUAGUUGUUUUAUAUAUGAGAUGUCAAAUGGAUUCAUUUAUUCGAUAUAGUUGCAGAGGUGGAUGUACAUACAUGAACAGGAUUGAAUUUAUCAAUGAUUGAGAGGCUCAGCUUAAAUGGGCAGAGACUACCUGGAGUAUCUCUACUGAUGCAGUAGCAGUUGGGAGAGUCCUGUGGAUCAUGGGUAUAAGCACGCUUUGGAACGAGCGUUGUGCUAGAGUGCAUUGAGAAACGGUGGCAAUUUCCCCAGCUCAGGUAGUGAAGAAGGUGAAGAAGGAAUUCUCAAUAUUUGCCAGCAGCCAGACCACGUUCCAGUUGAAGGUGCAGAAGGUUAUUGGAGCUAUAGUAUAGAGUGAUAGUUUUAUGAUUGUUUUUCUGGUUUAGUUUACACAUUGUAGCAGAACAAGUACACUUUUGAGAGGGAGGAUGUGAUUGCACCACUCCGGGCUUCAAUGCAAUUUUGAUUAACCAUAAAAAAAACUUAUUCGUUUUAUUA